GUGGAGGGGUGGAGAGAGGGGUGAGGGUUCGAUUGAGGUGGACGUAUAAAUGGGCAGGGCAGGUGAAGGCCAAGUCCACUCUCUAAAGGGAGCAACGGCACUGCAGCCUCUUCUCCUCUCUCUCUGGGUGGUCCAUAGCUGUGUGAGUGAGGAUGUGUGACGAUGAGGAGACCACCGCUCUGGUGUGUGAUAACGGCUCUGGGCUGGUCAAAGCUGGGUUUGCCGGAGACGACGCCCCCAGAGCUGUGUUUCCCUCCAUCGUCGGGAGACCACGACACCAGGGUGUGAUGGUGGGCAUGGGGCAGAAGGACAGCUACGUAGGAGACGAGGCCCAGAGCAAGAGAGGCAUCCUGACCCUCAAAUACCCCGUAGAGCAUGGCAUCAUCACCAACUGGGACGACAUGGAGAAGAUUUGGCAUCACACGUUCUAUAACGAGCUGCGUGUGGCUCCUGAGGAGCAUCCGGUCCUCCUCACUGAGGCUCCUCUCAACCCUAAAGCCAACAGGGAGAAGAUGACCCAGAUCAUGUUUGAAACCUUUAACGUUCCGGCGAUGUACGUGGCCAUCCAGGCUGUGCUGUCCCUCUACGCUUCUGGCCGUACUACUGGUAUCGUGCUGGACGCUGGUGAUGGUGUGACCCAUAACGUUCCUGUAUAUGAGGGUUAUGCUCUGCCCCACGCUAUAAUGAGGCUGGACCUUGCCGGCCGUGAUCUGACUGACUACCUGAUGAAGAUCCUGACUGAGAGAGGCUACAGCUUCGUCACCACCGCUGAGCGUGAGAUCGUGAGGGACAUUAAGGAAAAGCUGUGUUACGUGGCUCUGGACUUUGAGAAUGAAAUGGCCACCGCAGCUUCAUCCUCUUCCCUGGAGAAGUCCUACGAGCUGCCCGAUGGUCAGGUCAUCACCAUCGGCAAUGAGCGUUUCCGCUGCCCAGAGACCCUCUUCCAGCCCUCCUUCAUUGGUAUGGAGUCUGCUGGCAUCCAUGAGACCACAUACAACGGCAUCAUGAAGUGUGAUAUCGACAUCCGUAAGGACCUUUACGCCAAUAACGUCCUCUCUGGAGGUACCACCAUGUACCCGGGUAUCGGAGACAGGAUGCAGAAGGAGAUCACAGCUCUGGCCCCCAGCACCAUGAAGAUCAAGAUGAUUGCCCCUCCUGAGCGUAAGUACUCAGUCUGGAUCGGCGGCUCUAUUCUGGCCUCUCUCUCCACCUUCCAGCAGAUGUGGAUCAGUAAGGAUGAGUACGACGAGGCUGGACCUUCCAUCGUCCACCGAAAGUGCUUCUAAACACACACACACACACACACACACACACACACACACACACACACACCUCUCAUCUCUCCCCUGAAGAUCUGAAGCUCUGUAGACACUCAGUGGGCGGGUUAGUGAAAUCUAGGUUGCUCACGCUUAAAAACCAGUUCUUCAAGCGUUCUUUAGUAAAGACAACGGUUCUGUAUAGAACCAUGAACACUCAGGGACCAUUUGCAUGCUUAAAUGGCAUAUAGCACCAUAAAGGGUUCUCCUAUUAUUACAAGCUUGAAAUCAUAACAAUAGAAGAAUACUUUUUGGUGCUACACAGAACCUUUUUCAAAAGGGUUCUGUGUAGAAACAUCUUUACAGCACAUCCUCCCAUCAAUCUGAAGAGCCAUUUAAGCAUGCAAAGCGUUCUUUGAGUGUUCUAUACAGAACCAUUCUACUGAAGAGCCCUUAGUUCUACAGUGCGGCUCUGGCUGAGUCUGUGUCUGUAAGGAAGACUGAGGUUGGGCUUGUUCUGAUGGAGAGUUCACUGUUUAUUCACUCAUGUUCUUAUUUGGCUUUUGAUUCCGAAUACAAUAAACUUUCAUACCAUCCACACU